GUCUGUGGGCUAUGUGUUUGCUUAGCUUUCGUUGUGCCUUCUUGUCGUGUUUAGAUGAGUUUCCAAUCUAAUCGAGUUCUGAUGGUUCUUUCUGUGUGUCCAGUGUUAUGGCACCCCCGCGUAUCGCUCCUCCUCCACCCCCUCAGGGCGAUGGGCAAGAUCUGGCUAGGGUGAUCGAGGCCAUGGCUGCUGCUUUGACCCAGCAAAGCAAUGCUAUGAUGCAACAGCACGAGGCGGCGAUGCAGCGCCAAGAAGCCUCUCUUGAGCAGCAGAACUUCAUGAUGCAGCAGAUGGAAGUUGUUAGGCAGGCUGCAGAGGACGCUCAGAGACAGCAUGUGGAUGCUCUCCGUCAGUUAGGGGAGAAUGCUGCUGGCGCUCAGAUGCAUGGUCCUCAUCCCCAACCUCCACCCCCUGAAUGGAGUUUGGAAGACUUCUUGAAGCACCGCCCCGCCAAGUUUGAUGGCAAGUCGAGUCCCGAUCAGGCGGACCAGUGGAUGAAGGAUAUGGAACGCAUCUUUGAUGCCAAGAGGUGCCCCGAUGAGAGCAGGCUUGCUUUCACUAUCUACAUGCUCACGGGAGAGGCUGAGCAUUGGUGGGCCAGCAUGAGGCUGGUAAUGGAAGAGAAGAAUGAGGAUAUCACCUGGGAAGCCUUCAAGAGGAGGUUUCUUUCAGAGUUUUUCCCUGAUAGCGUGAGGUACGCUAAGGAGGUGAAGUUCCUUCAGCUGACGCAAGGGAACAAAUCAGUAGCAGAGUACGCCGAGAGGUUCAAGCAUCUGGGACGUUUCUACACCAUGCCGCUCGAUGAGGAGUGGCGCUGCAGGAAGUUUGAGAAUGGUCUUAGAGGGAACAUCCGCUUGAUGGUGGCCCCGCUGUCCAUCAAGGACUUUGCGGCCUUGGUGGAAAAGGCCAGGGUCAUGGAGCGUAUAAAGGUAGAAGUGGAAGCCCAGCAGCCACCACAGAGGGUUAGCAGACCAUCCGGGUCCAGGCUGAGAGUUGAUGAGAAGAAGAAACCGUAUGCUAGGCCUCAUCCACAGCCACAGGGGUCUAGAGGCUUUCCUUCCCCACCCAGUAGGAUCCAGUGCUAUCAUUGCGGAGGGCCGCAUGGGAAGAAUUUCUGUCCACAGCUAUCAGGUUUUCGCAGGUGCAACCAUUGUGGUAGGGAGGGCCACUUUGGUAGGGAUUGUCCUACUCUGAGGAGGACAGGGGCACGACCCUCACCACAGACUCCGAGCCAGACUUCGGGUCAGACUCAGCAGAGGAGGGGAGGCAGCAGGCCUCAGGCUACAGGCAGGGUCUUUGCGAUGACCGGGUCAGAGGCACAGGUUCAGAUGGAAAUACUUCUGAAGGUAGGCCGGAUGGUGGUAACAGUGCAGCCUAGUGGGCCCGUUGAUAUGACUUACGAAGAGGUUCUAUGGCCCUAGUGCCUUGCAAUUUCGUGCACUUAGAGCAUUUCUUUUGUACAACUAUUAAACUUUCUAGAUUUAUUUUGUUUAUGGCAUGGUUGUAUGCCCAAAUUUCCCUCUAAGCACUCCUUUGGAUUACUGUUAAAAUACAUUCUGUAACUCUGAUUUCUUCUG